UCACCAAAAGGCAUAACAAAUGCGUAUACUAUUGUUGCUCUUAAUAACAACAAUCAUAAUGCCAUCUCUAGUUCAUCAAAUAACAGUUGUCAUAAUAACGAAAUGACUAAUAAUUAUGAAGCUUCAUUCUCAUCUUCAUUCUCCACAUCAACAAUAUUAGUAGAUCAACAAGAAGAAAAAACAGCAUUUUGCCAGCGUUUGCAUGAUAAAGUUAUAGAAACAAGAAGUCCGAAAGCAAUAGCAGAAAAAAUUCGAACAUUGAUUAAAACUUUUAAUGAAGAUAAAAAUCCUAAUUGGAAAUGGUAUAAAGACGUUGAAGAGAUAAUUUAUGGUGGUGGCAAAAAAGUUAAAGAUUCAUCAUCAUUGAUUGAUGAUAUUAAUAAUGGUGAUGAAUCAGAUAUGAUAAUUGAUGGUGGUAGCGGUAAUGAAUUUGUAGUUGUAAUGGAACCAGAAAAAGAAGUACUCGCGCAACAAAAUGCUAUGGAUGUUGGUAGUAUUCAAGAAUAUGAAAAAAUGGAAGUAUUAAGAGAUGAUGGAAUGAUCAACAGUAAUGAUAAUA